UUGAAACAGCGGAAGAAAAAGAAAGAAAAAAAAAAUAUAACAAGCAAUGUGGUGGUUCAGUGGAAAAGGCCCAUCUGGGUUCUCAGCUUCUUCAACAGCUGAAGAAGUUACACAACAAAUUGAUGCCACUGAUCUCACCGCCAUUGUUACAGGUUAGGUUAGGGGCAACUAGUGGUAUUGGUACUGAGACUGCUCGUGUACUUGCAUUACGCGGUGUCCAUGUAGUUAUGGCGGUCAGAAAUAUGGAAGCUGGUAGAGAGAUCAAGGAAACCAUAUUAAGAAAUAAUUCAACUGCAAAAAUUGACACGACGGAGUUAGACCUAGGCUCAAUGGAAUCUGUGAGGAAAUUCGCAUCACAGUUUAAUUCUCGUGGUCUUCCUUUGAAUAUACUCAUAAAUAAUGCAGGAAUAAUGGCAACACCAUUCAAGCUUUCCAAAGACAAUAUAGAAUUGCAAUUCGCAACAAACCACAUAGGUCAUUUUCUUUUGACAAACCUACUGUUGGAAACAAUGAAACAAACUGCCAUUAAACAGAAGAAAGAAGGAAGGAUUGUAAAUGUUGCAUCAAGACGUCAUAAAUUAUCUUAUUCUGAAGGGAUUAGAUUCGAUAAGAUUAAUGAUAAAUCAGGGUAUAACAGUUUGUCUGCCUAUGGACAAUCAAAGCUUGCCAAUGUUUUGCAUGCUAAUGAGCUUGCAAGACAACUAAAGGUGACUCACUUAUUUGAGCAGGAGGAGGGCACCAAGAUAACUGCAAACUCACUUAACCCAGGAGCAAUUGCCACCAAUCUUUUCCGUUAUCACAGUUUAAUUGAUGGAUUUGUUGGUCUGCUUGGUAAAUAAGCGAUGAAAAGUAUACAGCAGAUAAACUAAUUUGAUUAUUAGAUCACUGUUUCAUCCAAGAUAUUAUAUACUUGAAAUAAAUUCAUAGAAAGCUUGACUAUAUACUUUUAUACCUUCAUCAUAGGGAGCUGCAACGACGUGUUAUGUGGCAUUGCAUCCACAAGUUAAAGGGUUGAGUGGAUGCUACUUCGCAGACUGUAAUUUAGCUGAAACUAGUUCACAAGCAAGUGAUCAAGAGCUUGCUAAGAAGUUAUGGGAAUAUAGCUCAAAUUUCGUCAAAACAUGAUAUCAUGAUGUCUCCUAACUCGAAUGGUCUAUUAUCCCUAUCCAGUGAUAGUCCAAACACAACUUAAGGUUUGCAGCCUCGUUGAGGGUGGCCAGAGAUCUCAGGCCAAGACCUCUUUCAGAAGUAAGUUUGCAACACUCAUGCCAAGCCAGUCACCAACUUCCUUUUUUUUCAAUGUCUCCACUCUAAGUAAAGUUCUUAAUCCAAGUCUCAAUACUCUUUAGCGAGGCAACAGGCCAGUCAUAGACUUGGAAGCAUUGUAACAAUAUACCAUGAACCACAUGCUUGACCAGUUGAAUCCUACUAGCAAUUGUUAGAAGAGAAGCUUUCCAAGCAAACAACUCCAAUUUGACUUUGUCAACAAGGAAUUGAGCCUUUGGCAUGCCUCUAAAAAUAGGGACAUCGGUCUAAAAGAAAUGAGGAGUGCCACUGGCAAAACCAAGCAAAUUUAACAAAUAAUGUGAGAAGGAAUAUUGACAUUUCUAGUUCCACUAACCAGGUUGAUAUUAUUUUCAGCAGCCAAAUUUGCAAUGCGCCUCUGAACACUUCCGUUGGGAAUGGGAAGCAAGUAAUACUUCUAAUGUACACAGCGGAUAACAUGAAGAACAGAAUGUUUGAAACAUAUUUAACAAAACAAAUCAUGGUAACCUCUAGCAUUGUUGCACGUAGUUGUGCAGUAGAAGUUUGUAAAAGUUGGGUAGCUUCGCGGUCCCAAAACGCAAAGUUCCCACAACAGCCAUUAUGCACUACUUCUAUUUCUAUCUUAUACCUACAAUGUAAAGGUACGUCACUUUGAAAUAUAUGCCAUUACAAUCGAAAGUGUUGUGAAUUUUGUUUGAGGGAACCGUCAACCUCCAUAUCUCAGCUUCGGUUGGAUGUCCAUCCCUCCAAAAAAAAAAAAAAAUGGUGACUUGUCUCCCUUUGUAAUUUGAGGACAUUGAUGACAUGCUUUAUAGUACUAACUGUGAGGUGAAGCUAUGAGUUUGUCAGUCGUAGCAACUGUAACACAGAAUGUGAUAUGUAGAAAAGCAGUAGAAUGAUAUGUGCCAAUGUUAAAUUGGUCAAGAGCAAGUAAGGAUGGACAAUUGGUUUUAAUUCCAUGUAUGUACAACCUUUUUCCUUAACUUUUGCGUACUGCAAUAAAAUAAAAUAACCAUUGAUGUCAAAGGAUCUAGUUGUUUUUGUUUGUAAUCAAAGAACUCCAAAGAAUAGGCUUCCCAUAGGGUACAACUUACAACGUAAGAUGUUGUCGUUGUUAUGUGAAUCGGAGAAAGUUAGCAUAAAAUUAAACAUUUACAACACAGUAGCUCCAAAAUGAAAUCAUUAACAUUAAUAGACAUACCCCAAAUCUUUCAAGACCAAGUUAACCCGAGCUUUCUUGCCCUUUGAUUGCGAUUGAGAGUAUCCGACCUUGUCAACCAUACAUGACAUCUAU